CAGGCGGCCGUCUGGAUGCCGUCCUCCGAGCUCCUCGUGACCAUCCCAAGCGACCUGGCCGCUGGGCAGCGGAUGCACAUCUUUGUCGCUGGUGUGAGCGCGACGCUCACCGUCCUCGUCCCGCCCGACUUGCCGCCGGCGCGCAGGAUCCGCGUCGCAAUGCCGCAGGACUUGCACGCCGCCGCAAUGGAGGGUCGCAACGCCGCGUUCGCCGCCGCCGCCACUACGAUCCGCUCCGCCGCCUCCCCCGCUGUCGCCUCCAAUGCCGCCGCCGCCACCGCCACCGCUGCCGCCGCCGCCGCCGCCGCCCUCUCCUCCUCACCAGCCGCCCUCUCCUCCUCACCAGCCACCGCGGCAGAGUGGGUGGACACGCAGAGUGACGCCGCCUCCCGCUCGCCUCGCGCCUCGCCUCGGCCGCCCCCUGCGGUGGCUGCGUUGGACGCAAGGAUUGCUGCGGCGAGAGACGCCGUGGACGCGGACGCCACGCCUGUGACGUCAGCGUCCCCUCCUCUGGCUCAGCCGUCUGAGCCGGCCUCUUCAUCCUCGUCAACGAGGAGAAGGCGGCGGCGGCGAGUCGACUCGGCCGUCUUUGCCUCUGGAUCGUCGACUCGGCUGAGCGGCGGGGGGGCGUCUGAGGCCGCAACGCCGCGGGCAAGCGGUGUUCGUCGCACCCGACCGACUGAGUGACAUGAGAGAGAGAAGGGAGGGUGAGCAUGUCUCUCGGAGAGCCAAGCUGCAGAAACGAGCUUUUAGUGGCUAUAAGCAUAGGCACUGAGAUUAUGGUGCGCGCGGAGCGCGCUGGUGCUACUCGGACAUACGCGCGGAGCGCGCUAGCUAGACACACGCGCGGAGCGCGCCGGCUCUAGAUACCGCGGAGCAAGCAAAUCAACACAACCGUUCGAAUGC